GCCCCCCAAACCAAACCACCAAAACACCCCCACCGAUGGAGAACGCGUCUCUGGCGUGGCUCGGCGCGGAGUCCCCGUCCUCGGUGGGCCUGUCCGACGCCGCCAAAGCGUUCGCCAACGUCAGCCUCGGCGCCAUCUCCUCGGCCGCCGCGCCGGAGCAGAGCUGCGAGAUCGACGAGGACUUCAAGCGGACCUUCUACGCGGCGUCGUACAGCCUCAUCUUCGUGCUGGGCCUGCUCACCAACAGCGUCGCCCUCGGAGUCUUCUGCUGCUGCCUGGGCCACCGCACCGAGGCCACCACCUACAUGUUCAACCUGGUGCUCUCCGACCUGUUCUUCAUCGCCACGCUGCCCUUCCGCGCAGUCUACUACGUGCGCGGCGGCUGGCCCUUCGGCGACUGGCUCUGCAAGCUGAGCGGCGUCCUCUUCCUCACCAACAUGUACGGCAGCAUCCUCUUCCUCACCUGCAUCUGCGCCGACCGCUUCCUCGCCAUCGUGCACCCGUUCCGUUCGCGGACGCUGCGCACGCCGCGAGCCGCCAAGGCAGCGUGCGUCGGCGUGUGGCUCAUCGUGAUCCUGGGCUCGAGCCCCUCCUUCCUGCUAAAGACGACCAACGCAGCCGGCGCCGGCAACGGCGGCGGCAACGUGUCGUCGGCCGACGGCGGUCCCCGCACGUGCUUCGAGAACUUCCCCACCAACACGUGGAAGAGUUUCCUGUCGUCCAUCGUCAUCUUCAUGGAGGUGGUGGGCUUCCUGAUCCCGCUCGUGGUCAUGGUCUACUGCUCGUGCAUGAUCCUCAAGACCAUCAACAAGUCGCGGGGCCUCCAGCGGAGCCCCUUCGACCGGCGCAAGAUCCAGCGCAUGAUCACUGCGACCGUGGUCAUCUUCGUCGUGUGCUUCCUGCCGCACCACGUGGUGCUCGUGUUCUACACGCUGGUGCGCCGCGACACCAUCACGAGCUGCGCGGCGCUGCGAGUCGUCAAGGCGGCGUACCCCAUCACGCUGUGCCUCGCCAGCGCCAACUGCUGCCUCGACCCCAUCAUCUACUACUUCACCACGGAGGCGUUCAGGCGGUCGCUGAGGCGCGGCGUCAACCGUGGCUCAUCGUUCCUCCUGUCCGAGACGCUGCGAGUCACCGAGAGCGUCAUGGCGAUGGCCGGGGAGCGAGCCGCCGGUGGUGGUGGGGGGGUCAACGGCAGGGGGAGCCUCACCAGGCAGCAGAGUCAGAGCCAGGUGUGA